AAAAACAAAAACCAGAGGUUUCUAAACUGCAACUCCUCCAUUAAUAUUUUGUGUCUUCAUCUUUACAUUCGAAGAUUUCGCAGAAGACAGAGAUUGAAGGAUGGUCGCAUUUGGCAAGAAGUUGAGAGAAUCGCAGAUUCCAGAAUGGCGAGAGUACUAUAUUAAUUAUAAGUUAAUGAAGAAGAAAGUUAAAAGAUAUACCCAACAAAUAGAGAUUGGAACACAAAAUGACUACUAUGUGCUUAGAGACUUCUCAAGAUUAUUAGAUAUUCAGAUUGAAAAGAUUGUAUUGUUUUUGUUGGAGCAACAAGGGCUACUUGCAAGGAGGUUAUCUAGACUUGGUGAAGAACAAAAUGGCCUUUCCCAACAGCUUACAGAAACAAAAGUUGAUGAACUACAGGAACAAUACAGAGCAGCUGGAGAAGAUCUUCUGAGGCUUCUCGCUUUUGUGGAGAUGAAUGCAAUUGGUCUACGCAAGAUAUUAAAGAAGUUCGAUAAACGUUUUGGCUACAAGUUUACAGAUUAUUAUGUCAAAACUCGUGCUAAUCAUCCUCAUUCCCAACUGAAACAAGUUUUUAAGCAAGUGGGUAUAGUUGCUGUUGCUGGUGCCAUAUUUCGUAAUCUUGCAGAGCUUGAAGAUCAUAAAGGGAGUUACAUCUCAAUAUAUGAUCAACUUGACCUUUCACAUAAGGCCCCUGUAAUUGAAUCCAUCAAAGAAGCUCUAAAAAGAUUAUCAAACUCAACAAAUUUUCUUCAAUUCUUGGGAAAACAUGCCAUGCUUUUGGAAGAUGGAUUAUCAGAUACUCCUGAGAGCUACGUUGAUGAAAGAUAUCAUUUUAUGUCACUUGUUCUGAACUUAGGAAACACAUUUUUGUAUAUGGUAAAUACAUAUAUUAUUGUCCCAACAGCUGACAACUACACCAUGAGCCUGGGAGCUGCCGCUACUGUCUGUGGCAUUGUGAUUGGGGCAAUGGCUGUGGCGCAGGUGUUUUCUUCUGUUUAUUUCAGUUCUUGGUCAAACAGAUCAUACAUGCAGCCACUUGUUUUUAGUAGCAUCAUUCUUGUUGUGGGAAACACAUUGUAUGCACUGGCAUAUGAUCUCAAGUCAAUCACUAUUCUUCUCGUUGGCCGCCUUUUUUGUGGGUUGGGUUCUGCAAGAGCAGUUAACAGGCGCUAUAUUACCGACUGUGUGCCAUUAAAGUUACGAAUGCAAGCUUCUGCUGGAUUUGUUAGUGCAAGCGCGCUGGGAAUGGCAUGUGGUCCAGCUCUUGCUUGUUUUUUUCGAAGAAAUUUCAAGAUAUCAUCUAUUACAUUUAAUGAGGACACUUUGCCUGGUUGGACCAUGGCUCUUGCAUGGCUCGUUUAUCUCGUAUGGUUGUGCAUUUGUUUCAAAGAGCCUCCUUCGCUCAUGCCAUCGGAACCUAAUACUGGGAAAACUGUAAAACUUAUUUUGGAGAAUGGUUGUACACGACCACUACUUUUAAACGAACAUGCGAAGCAAGAAUGUGCUGACCAAGAAUGUGACGACGACGAUGAUGAUGAUGAAGGAUCUUCUAAAAGAAAUCGCAAACCAGUCGAUUCAAUAAUAUCAGCUUAUAAGUUACUUACACCGUCUGUCAAGGUGCAACUAUUUGUAUAUUUUAUGCUCAAAUAUGCAAUGGAGAUUGUACUUGCCGAAUCAAGUGUAAUCACUGGCUACUACUUUGUCUGGUCGACCACCAAUGUUGCAGUCUUUCUCGCAUGCCUUGGCUUGACAGUGCUCCCUGUAAACAUCAUUGUUGGGAGCUACCUCAGUAACUUAUUUGAAGAAAGGCAACUUCUUCUUGCAUCUGAAAUUAUGGUUUGCGUAGGCAUAAUUUUAAGCUUCCAUACUUCGAUUCCUUACUCAGUACCUCAAUAUGUGUGCUCAGCUCUAAUCACCUUUGUUUCUGCUGAAAUCCUUGAAGGUGUAAACUUGUCACUUCUCUCUCGAGUUAUGUCGUCAAGACUUUCGCGUGGGACUUUUAAUGGUGGCCUACUUUCCACCGAAGCUGGAACUAUAGCUCGAGUCAUCGCUGAUGGCACGAUAACGUUGUCGGGGUACUUUAGUGAAAGUAAGCUCUUGAAUGUUACCUUAAUUCCUUCACUUAUUAUUUGUGUAUAUGCCAUUGUAGCAACAUGUUUUACCUACAACUCUCUUUACUAAUUUUCUUUUUUUAUUAUUAGUUAUGAAAAGUUGUACAAAAUAAUACUGCGAUGUACUAUAAAAAUAGCAGUGGAUUA